AUGUUGGACAGACCGGGGGUCAGAAAGGUGAUUGAAGCCGUGGAGCGGCAAGCGGACUUGUGUGGGGACGGUUUUGAGCUUCUAAUCUCCCGCCUCAAUACUGCUCUACGAGCUUACGCGAAAGAGGAGCGGAAGAGGGUCCGAGCUACGAUGGUUCACCUUCAGCGAUCGGUUGCGGUGCUAAAACAUGCGUGGCUGGGUGACCCGGGGUGUGCUCGGCUGAAAACCUUGCUUGGCGAAAGAGAGGCGCAGUUGAAGAGCUACCAGCUGGUUCGGCAGGAGCGACUUCAUCUAAUGGCUGGGUUGAAGGAAGAAUUCAUGGGUGAAGUGGCCUCCCCGCACCUGUCGGCAAAUAUCAAAGCCAGAAAGGGGCGGACGCAGAUUACGGAGUUAAACGCAGGCGGGAAGCUGGUGAAUGACAAUAAAGCAAUCAUGAAGGCAGCGUCACAGUAUUAUAAGGAGCUGUUCGAAAGCGACAUACAGCAGGCCGUGUCUGCUUGGUCUCCUGCUCACGGGAGGUCUCUGUCGCAGAAGUCGGCGGAAGCGGUGUGUGCGGCCUGGUCGGAGGAAGAAGUGAAAGCUGCUUUUCGUUCGAUGGCGAAGGAUAAGGCUCCCGGGAAGGAUGGGUUGCCGAAGGAGCUGUUCGAGUUUCACUGGGAUAUCUUGGGCAAACAUUUCAUGAAGCUGGUCGACAGUUUCGCAGCUACGGCGACGCUGCCGACGAGUACGAAUAACGUUGUUACCAUCCUGCUACACAAAAAGGGGGGGAGGGAGCAGCUUGAGAACUACAGACCGAUCACCCUUCUGAGCCUCACCUACAAAGUGAUCGCGAGGGUGGUGGCAGACAGGAUGAAAAGAGUGUUGCAUGAAGUCAUCUCUCCGGAGAAGUACGAUUUCUUGCCUGGUAGAAGGCUGUCGGACGCGGUGGGCUUGGUUGCGGAUGCUAUCGAGGCCACGAAGAACAAGGAUCAUGACUGGUAUCUUCUGCUGGUCGACUUUAGAAAAGCUUUCGACUCGGUCUCGAGGAACUUCUUGUUCACGGUGCUCGAGCGGAUGGGUUUUCCGAGCCGUCUCGUGGACUGGGUUAGGGGCCUGCACAAGGAUACACGGACCAAACUGUUAAUCAACGGCUGGAUGGGGGAAGCGGUUGACGUGGUGUCUGGGGUGCGGCAUGGUUGUCCGCUUGCGCCUUACCUCUUCCUGUGUGCGGUGGAACCGUUGGCCCAGCAGGCGGCUGCUAGAAAACUUGGUCUUGGAAAGGGGGAGCAGCGGCUGGCGUAUCUGGGCUGCCCGCGCAUCCAGCAGGUGGUGGUGGCAGUCAAGCGGUCCAUGCGCAUGCUGAACCCUGCGAAGCAAGUGUCGGCCCUGGGGGACCUGCUGCGCAUCGAGGCAGCUUUUCGGCUGCAUGUGAAGGUGUACACGCGAGCAAUGGGAAAGAAGACUGGCAGCAGCGGUGGUUCAAAGGGACAAAGGAGAACUCAUGCGCUGGCGGAGUAG